CUAUUGAGCCAAAUGUCAGGGGAGUGGUAGGCUAAGGGGACAAAUGGACAAAGACUGCCUGUUCAGCAUAUUCUGCUAAUGUCACAUUUUACUUCUUCGCCUGCCAUGGCGUUAACUGCGAUUCUCGAGUAUCUUGAUUUUAAGGGACUAUUGCUCUUCGUAGUGGCUUUUCUUUUGGUGGCAGACUACUUGAAGAACAGAAACCCACCGAAUUACCCACCAAGCCCGUUCUCUCUUCCACUCCUAGGAAACAUCUUCAAUGUUGACUCCAAAGAGCCACAUACAUAUCUGACAAAGCUAGGCCAUGCCUACAACAAUAUCUUCAGUCUGCGAUUAGGGAGAGACAAAGUGGUCUUCAUUACUGGUUAUAAAAUGGCGAAGGAGGCCCUGGUGACUCAAGCAGAAAACUUUGUGGACCGCCCCUACAGUCCAGUGCUAGAACGAGUCUAUUCGGGCAAUGCUGGACUCUUCUUCAGUAAUGGUGAGAUAUGGAAGAAGCAACGACGUUUUGCUCUGUCAACGCUGAGGAACUUUGGUUUGGGAAAGAAAACAUUGGAGCUGGCCAUCUGUGAAGAGAGCCACUUCCUGCUGGAUGAGAUGGACAGACAGAAAGGAGCUGCCUUUGACCCUACAAUCCUGUUCAACAAUGCUGUUUCCAAUAUCAUCUGCCAAAUGGUGUUCGGUCAGAGAUUUGAUUAUACUGACCACCAGUUCAAGAAAAUGCUAAAAUAUAUUUCUAAAGGCAUUCAAUUAGAGGGCUCCAUUUGGGGGCAGCUCUAUGAAGCAUUUCCAGGCAUUAUGAAGCACCUUCCAGGGAAGCACAAUGACAUGUUCAAUAACUACAAACUAUUAAAAGCCUUCGUAAGAGAGGUUGUUAUCAAACACAAGGCCGAACUAGACCCCUCAGAACCUCGGGACUACAUCGACAGCUUCCUUAUAGAGAUGAUGGAGAAGCCACAUGAAACAGCAGACGGUUUUGAUGAACAGAACCUCGUUCCAUGUGUUCUAGACCUGUUUCUGGCCGGGACUGAAACUACAUCCACCACAUUAUCUUGGGGUAUCAUAUACCUCAUCACUUACCCAGAAGUUCAAGAAAAGGUCCAGGAGGAGAUAGACAGAGUGAUUGGACGCUCCCGGGAGCCUAGUAUAGCCGAUAAGGCCAACAUGCCCUUCACUGAAGCUGUCAUGCAUGAAAUUAUGCGAUUUGGAGAUGUUAUACCAAUGAAUGGCUUACGAGUGGCUAAUAAAGACACAACCCUUGGAGAGUGCUUCAUCCCAAAGGGUACAGCAAUUAUGCCCAUACUGCACUCUGUUCUCUUUGAUGAGAAUGAAUGGGAGACACCCUACAAGUUCAAUCCAGGGCACUUUCUAGACAAAGAGGGCAAGUUUGUGAGGCGGGAUGCGUUCAUGCCCUUUUCUGCAGGAAAGAGGGUCUGUUUGGGAGAGCAGCUUGCUAGACUGGAACUCUUCUUAUUCUUUGUCAGUUUGUUCCGAAAAUUUCGAUUUUCAGCCACAGAGGGUGAGAAACUCAACCUCGAUGGAGUGAUAGGAAUAGCACGCACCCCCCACCCCUACAAGAUCCAUGCAACGCCACGCUGAACAAAUCAUAUUCACUACUAUACGAAUAAAUAAACAUUAUUAUAAACAAUUAUAUUAUACAUGUUUCACUUAACAUUUUACAUCUUUGAGAGAACAAAUCUGGAUGUUACGGUUCUUUUUACUAACUUGUUUAAAUACAAAAGUUCAGCCGUUCAUGUUUGUUUAAAGGGUGUGAGAGAAAAGCUUAAGCUCCCAUUUAUGAAACAUGCUUAGUAAUACCCAGUCUACAAAAACUACUAGAGUAAAGAGCUGGAUGAACAUUGUCCUAGUUCCAGGUGAAAAAAAAAGAGAGAAAAGGUCAACAUACACAUUUACUUGUUGGCACGUAAUUCAGAUUGUGUGGGGUGAGGGAAUGAAGUUCAAAUUUAUAAACAGAUAAUGUAUUCUCAUGUUGUAUAAGCUCAUGUAACAAUAUGUUUAUAUGCUGUGCCAUCUCUUAAGACUGAGGAACUAUUUCCUUGUAUAAGCUCUAUUUCAGUCAGAUAACUAAAAACUUCUAAAAGCUAGAAGUACUUCAGUGUGUGUUUGUGCAACACAGCAUAAUACAAUAUAUAAUAAUUUUAAUCUUCAAAAUUUCUAUUCAAGUUAAAUUUUGAUCAAUUGUCUGUACUUUUAGCACUACAAGUGUCGCAUAGUGGGAUUGUAAAAAUAACUAGAAUGUACAUUUCCUGAAGAAAUUGUGAGUGGGUGGGUGCUUUCAGUGGCAAAACUCACCACUCGGUUAUCAUGUAUUUAGCAAGAUGCUAACAUAUUAAGCAUGUUGCUAGCAUGAUGCUAACACAAUUAGCAUGUUGUUAACAUGAUGAUAACACAAUUAAUUAGUGUGAUUAGCAUGUUGCUAAGAUCAUGUUCUAGUAUGAUUUACUCUGUUCUAGUAUGAUUUAUGAUGAUAUACCACAUUGUAGUAUGAUUUGCCAUGUUUCUAGUAUGAUUUACCACGAUUUACCAAGUUCUAGCAUGAUUUACCAUGAUUUAGUCAAAAGAGCCAACCCCCAUUUCUACACCAUGUUCUGAUGCAGAGAUAUGGGUCUUGCCAAACAGUUACUAGGGUACUCUGUUUAGUUGCUAUGGAGUUGCUUGGGAGCUGCCAAUGAUGAAACUCGAAAGGCAGCUUGUCAGUAUGAAUGAUAUAAACCAACUCCCAUGCAUCUUUGUUUUUUGGUUGCAAAGGUGCUCGACAAUGGUUGCUAGGGCAUAGCUAGGAAGUGUUGAGGUGAUUCAUGAUUGACUGUUUGCUUUUUGGCAACGUAAAGUCUGUGGGUUUUUUGGUCACUUUUUCACCCCUAGUACGAACACCGUACCCCUGAUCGCUUAGAAACGUCAUAAUAGACUACACGUUUUUACAUUCAAGGGUCUGUGACAAAAACUGCGGCAGGAGUAGCACUUCAAAAAAGUGGAAUAAAAAAAAAAUAAUAAUAAGUAUAAGCAAUAACAAUAGCCCACUAACGUUAGGAAAUAUUUCAUUCCGGAGUGAGAGGCGAGUAAAGACUUCAACACUGGGAUCAUUAAAAAGGCAAGAAGGUAUUGCAAAACAGACUUCAGUUUAUUCAUCACAUGAAGGCUGCCAGUGCUCUUUAACUGCCAAUAUUACUCUAAUACCAUUAUAUAAGUCCAAUCUUUUUAUUCAAAAUCUCUCACCAAACAAUGACAGUGCUCAUAAAAUUGAGUUCACAAAUUUAAGAUUUCUUCCUUGGAACACAUCAUACAUAAAUAUUAGCAUUUAAAAAUACAUACGCAUUUAACCAUCACAGGCCAAAAAGCCUAGCUGAAUAAAACACCCGAAAAGACAAAUCAGAAUUGCAAUGAUUGACCUUACCCUUAAAAACAGAAUUGAUAGCAUAUUUUUCAAAACGCAACAGCUGGUCUAUUAGCAGAUAGCUCAGUCAAAUCAACCUAAGCAAGGGGCCGAUAUUCACAAUACAGCAAAAGCCAUUUCACGAUGCAGCUAUGUUUCACAAGUCACACAUGUAUUCUCUGAGACACAUUAAAAGCCAUCACAGCAGUUUUCUAUGGCCUGUUAUAAUUCUGUGCUGGUGUUCAAAUCCUGAUAAUUGAGGUCUUCACACAGACAGGAAACGUAAAGUGGAUAAAAAGGCCCUUCUGCUUGUUAAAAUAGCAUGCAAGAGUCCUAUCACAGUCAACUGAUUAUAAAAUACUAUAACUGGCUCAAUAAAGCACCUGGAUUUAAGGUUUAAUCAAUUAGAGUGAUUAUAUGCAUGUCUUUUUUAAUGUUGCUUUGUUGUUUAAGAAAGUCGUUGAAAUAGGAAGAAAGAAACUAAAGAAUAUGGUGUCCAGCACCAAAUACAUCUUCCUCCUGAUCUAAGCAUUUUGAUUAGUUA